UGACGAAUCGCCACCUUUGCUCUCUUGGUCACCUACUGCGGCAAAAAUUAGGGCAAGAGUGGAAGAGGUGCUUGGUCACCCAAUUAACCAUGCAUUGAUUCAGCUUUACAGGAGUGGAAAUGAUUACAUAUCUGAACACUCGGAUAAGACCAUUGACGUCGUUCGCGGCUCUAACAUCGUGAAUGUAAGUCUAGGCGCCGAACGCGUGAUGAUCCUGCGGACCAAAAAGGAUACACUUCCUCCAAAAGAUGAAGAGACCGGACAAGUUCCCGAACGUACAGCGCAACGCUUCCCAUUGCCCCAUAACAGCAUGUUUAUUAUGGGCUCUGAGACGAAUAAACGUUGGCUUCAUGGGAUCCGUCAAGACAAGCGAGAAGCAUUCUUAAAGACCAAAGGAGAGAUGGAUUAUGAUGGAGAGAGGAUUUCCCUAACUUUUCGUCAUAUUGCCACCUUCCUUUCCGCCGACCAGACCCAGAUCUAUGGACAAGGAGCAACAGGAAAGGCCAAGAGUGAAGCGAAACCCGUCAUUAAUGGGGACAAAGAUGCUUCUCAGCGUAUGAUCGAUGCAUUUGGAUUUGAAAACCAACAAAGCGACUUUGAUUGGGACGCAACCUACGGUGCCGGUUUUGAUGUUUUACACUUUACAAACUUGAGAGCGGACAUACCAAGAAAACCCCUCUUGUACUUUGUUAACGGGUCUAUUCCCAGCUGGCGAGUAAAGGCAGGUCAUGAUAUAACCCCACUUCAGCCCGCGCGCUAA